AUGCAACUUACUGCGUUUAUAAUAACCUUUACGUGGUGGGGAAUUUCUCGUCUUCUCCCCCUCUAUCUGACCAGGCGUAGACGUACCUUUUCAUCGUGUAGUAUUGAACUAGCGCUGAGACGGUUGCGUUGUUUGUGUACGUUUACAUUUCAUUACGACUUGUAUUUUCGGCGGAGUCAAAAAGACUACAGGUUUUUAUGAUGGCUUUUGAUAGCACAGCUGGUCCGUCAAAGAGAGUUAGAUAUGGGGUCCGGACUUCGAAGAAACUUUGCUGAAAUGGGCGGAUGAGGUCAAUGAAGACGACAGUGAUAUUGAUUCAGAUGCCGAAUUCAUUUACAGUUAUCAUGAGAGCGGAUCGGAACAAGAUAUGGACGCAGAUUGUGAGAGACUUUCUACUGAAGACGAUGAGACAUCGAUCGGCGCUUCUACAGGAAACUAUUUCUAUGGAAAAAACCGUUUCAAAUGGUCCAAAGUACCCAAAGUAUUCUAAAAAUACACGUACUUUGCAACACAAUAUUGUAAUCAAGUGUCCGGGUGUAAAAAGUAUAAAUCUCCACAAAACCGAUCCAGAAGAGGUUUGGAAUCUUUUCUUUGAUGACCGCCAAAUUCAGAUUAUUCUUCAGUACUCCAAUUUACGUAUGGCAAAAUUGAGAGAAAAGUAUAAAAACAAAAACUCAAGUGAUACUCUUGACUUAGAUAUUAUUGAGCUGAAGGCUUUUAUUGGACUGCUUAUGCUUACAGCUAUCUUUAAAUCUAAUCACGAAGACAUUCGUUAAAUCUUUGCGACGGAUGGAUCGGGUAAAGAUAUAUUCAGAUGUGUGAUGAAUUCAAAUCGUUUUGCUAUUAUUCUUGUAUGCUUACGAUUCGAUGACCCAGAAACUAGACUCGAACGUAAAAAGAAUGACCCAUUAGCUCCAAUCUCUGAGAUAUUCAAUGCUUUCAUUAAAAAUUGUCAAAGCGCUUACACUCU